AUGUCUUCUGAAAACCAGUCUUCUGCCCCCAGUGUUCAGAGCAGCCUCAAUACAAGUGAAAUUGCAAGCAAUGAACAGACCGACAAGUCCAUGUUGGCUAUUACCAGACUUAGAGAUCUUUUGGCUGCAGCUUUCAUUGCCCUAGCUGAUGCCAUUGAACAAAACCAGCCCGAGGACACCAAGAAUCAAAUAAGACUGACAAUUGCGGUCACAGAAGACGAUCUGGCUAUUCUCAUAUCAGCACACACCCAUUUGCUUCGUUCUGGUCCUGCCUGCACUGAACAAAUUGCUCCCCAAUCCCGUGUUGUACUUUGCGAGCUCCCAGUUCUUCAGUGGCAAGGAAAUGAUGUCUGGACAAUUUCGAGGAUGUCCUCUACUCAUACAGUCUGGAUCUUAAUGUGGACUGGCACCGUCUACUUCCAAUUGUUUUGUCAAGAGAACAGUGUUCCUGGUAUGACAACUACCUUUGUAGUUCCCCCGAGCUUCUCUGGUCCUUUGUCUGCAAUGCCUUUAUCAAGAUGCUGCUUCCCUGUCCCGGUCCAUCUACAGCUAGAUCUUCACAAUAACUCUGUGCACAAUAACUCUGUGCCCAAAGGCCACCAUCUCAACGCAGAACAGACGACCCACAUGUCUGCUACUAUCUCUUUUGCCUGCCCCCUUGGUUCUCCCUGUGAAGUCACACAGAGCUGUGAGCGCUCUUCCAGCAAGAGAUGCUUGCUCCAUGGCAAGGGCAGCCAUGACUCUGAAGACUGCCAUAUCCCAAGAAUGCACUGGCAGCAAAAGGGAGCAAUCAGAUUGAAAAAGCCCCCUACAUGA